AUGUGAUCUUUGGACUUUAAAGAAAUAUAUUCAAUAAUAAGGACAUAACAAAACAUCGAAACACAAAGUGAAACCGACUUUAUAUCAACUAUGCAUCUACGAGAACGUUACUGAUUUUCAACAUGAAGUUCCUAUCAAACUUUGCCAUAAGCGCUUACAGACAUCUAGGAUAUCGCGGUAGCAACCUAGCAGUAUCCUCGGCUAGUUGGAGAAAAAUGGCGACUGAGGUGGAAAAGGCACAAUCCGCUGCACCGGACGGUGGUGAUACAAUAUUUGGGAAAAUACUACGUAAGGAAAUCCCAUGCAACUUUAUUUAUGAGGAUAGCCAGUGCGUUGCAUUUGAGGAUGUAAAUCCUCAAGCACCUGUGCAUUUUCUGGUGAUUCCACGGAAACCAAUUCCACAACUCUCUAAAGCUCAAGAUGAGGAUGAAGCUUUACUUGGUCACUUGAUGUAUGUUGCUCAAAAAGUUGCAAAGCAGAAAGACUUAAAGAAUGGAUUUCGUUUAGUUAUCAAUGAUGGAAAACAUGGUGCACAAUCUGUAUACCAUCUACAUCUGCAUGUUCUUGGUGGUCGACAGUUACAGUGGCCACCUGGCUAAUUAUUUACAUGUUUAAAUAUACAAACGAUUGCAGUUAUAAAGCCUAUAUUUAUUAUCAAUGAAAUACUAAAGGUAUUAUAUAUCAAAUAUUUCUAAGGUUGGAGAAUUUCUAUGGUUGGAGAAUAUUUAAAAAUAUACUGCAAUAAUAAAAAAAUAUUACAGGUUUUAA